AUGGCGAAAACACACGCGGCAGAAGCUAGAGGUAGAGGUGGAGGCAGAGGAGCUGGCAGAGGGGCGGCCCCAGCUGGGGGCGACAUCUCAGUGGUUGACCCCAUGCCUCCAAUGGCCGAAGCUAUACCAGUCGGUCCAGCAGGUAGAGGUGCAGGGGUAGCAACCCCAGGUCCGGACAGAGCACAGGCUCCGGGGGUUCAGCAUGCAGCAGCAGUGGCACCUCGCUUGGAGGAAGUUCAGAGUUUUGAGGCCUUCCCGAGGCCAGUUGCAGGGCCAGUGAUGACUAGCGAGGAACAUGAUUUAUUUUUUGAGGAGAUAGUGGAGCAUGUCCGUAUUGUUGAGGGUCUUAGGCAGGAGAGUCAUGCAAAGCAGGUAAAGGAGAAGGUCCGUAGGGGUGGACUGGUCAGCAACUCCUUCUCGAGGGGUCAGAGUUCACAGGUAUACUUAAGGAGUCCGGUUCAGUCGAUGCAGGUGUCAGCUGGAGGCCUAUCAGGGGAAAAUUAUCAGGCUUCCGAUCAGCAUAGAGGCUACACUGCUUCAUCAGCUUUUGUUCAGCGGCCUACGCUGGACCGUGCUUGCUUCUGGUGUGGUGAGAUAGGGCAUAUCAAGAGGUAUUGCCCCAGGCCUAGACAGAGUGGGCAGGGUACUCAGUAUCAGGCUCCCCGAGCUCCGUUUGCACCAGAUCGUAGAGGUAUGAAUCGCACACCAGUAGGGCAGGACGGCCACACUGAACCAAUUGUUGAAAAAGAAGCGCAGCCUGAUGUAUUGGAUGAUAUUGUGGAGGAAGAAGCAGGGGAGGAAGUCCCUAUUGUGGCCCAAGAAGAGCAUAAUAUUAAUAACCCCAAUGCACCGGUGGAAAACCAGGAAAAAGGGAAGGUGGAUGAAGCUGUGGAAUUCAAAAUGGAAGAAGAAUGCUUGAGUGACGCACUAUCGGCCAUCUUGGUGAAUUUUGAUGCUGAACAAAUGGAGGGAUAUACUGAGACAUCAAUUAUUGAGCCACCGAAGUUGGACCUCAAGCAACUUCCAUCCCAUCUUAAAUAUGUGUUUCUUGGAGCGAAUGCCACUCUUCCAGUCAUUGUGUCAUCACUUCUGAAUGAGGGCCAAAUCCAAAGACUCAUCGCAGUAUUGAGAAAGCAUUUAAGAGCUUUGGGAUGGACUAUUGCAGACAUCAGGGGGAUUCCCUCCGGAAUUUGUGAGCACCGAAUACAGUUGGAGGAGGAAAGUUCGCCAAGUGUUGAGCAUCAGCGAAGAUUAAACCCACCGAUGCAAGAGGUGAAAGGGGGUAUCACUGUUGUCCCUAACUCUAGAAAUGAGUUGAUUCCAACAAGGACUGUCACCGGGUGGAGAGUGUGUAUGGACUACCGGAAGUUGAAUACCGCAUCCUGCAAGGAUCACUUCCCUAUGCCUUUUAUUGAUCAAAUGCUUGAUCGGCUAGCUGGAAGAUCUUAUUACUGUUUCUUGGACGGGUACUCAGGGUACAACCAAAUCAAUAUCGCAUUGGAAGACCAAGAAAAGACUACUUUCACUUGUCCCUAUGGGACAUUCGCUUUCAGCCGGAUGCCAUUUGGUCUUUGCAAUGCCCCAGCUACCUUCCAACGAUGCAUGAUGUCCAUAUUCUCUGAUAUGGUUGAAAACUUUCUUGAAGUCUUCAUGGAUGAUUUCUCUGUGGUGGGAGAUUCAUUCGAUGAAUGUCUGGUUCAUCUUGAUCGGGUGCUACAACGGUGUGAGGAGACCAACCUUGUGCUCAACUGGGAGAAGUGUCAUUUUAUGGUCAAGGAGGGCAUUGUCCUUGGCCAUAACAUCUCAGAAAGAGGGAUUGAGGUUGAUCAAGCUAAAAUCGAUGUGAUUUCACAACUCCCUCCGCCCGUUUCAGUAAAAGGAGUUCGGAGUUUCUUGGGACACGCUGGAUUUUAUAGAAGGUUUAUCAAAGAUUUCUCCAAAAUUGCAAAUCCAAUGUGCAAACUCUUGGAAAAAGAUUCCAAAUUCAAUUUUGAUGAGAAGUGCAUCAAGGCGUUUGACGAGUUGAAGCGGAAAUUAACCUCCGCACCUAUUGUUGUGUCCCCAGAUUGGUCACUUCCCUUUGAAUUAAUGUGUGAUGCCAGUGGUCUUGCAAUUGGCGCUGUGCUUGGUCAGCGGCUAAACAAAAUCCUGCACCCAAUUUAUUAUGCCAGCAAAACAUUGAAUGGAGCUCAGCUGAACUAUACAGUAACGGAGCAAGAAUUACUUGCUAUUGUUUAUGCUUUUGGAAAGUUCCGGGCUUAUUUGUUGGGUGCCAAGGUAGUGGUUCACACUGACCAUGUUGCAUUGCGCUAUUUGAUGGCGAAGAAGGAUGCUAAACCUCGGUUGAUAAGAUGGGUGUUGUUGCUACAGGAAUUUGACUUUGAAGUCAAAGACCGAAAAGGGUCAGAAAAUCAAGUAGCUGACCAUCUUUCCAGACUUGAAGCACCAGGGAAACCGAGUGAUGUGCUGGAUAUUGAUGACACUUUUCCAGAUGAAAGAAUCUUGGUAAUCUCCAAUGAUGUAGCACCAUGGUAUGCCGAUAUUGCCAAUUAUUUGGUAACUGGCAUCAUUCCUAAAGAGUUGAAGACAUAUCAGAAGAAGAAGUUCUUGAGAGACUGUAUGGGUAAACCACGAAAAUCAAACAAGGCUUCACCUAAGGUAGCGGAAAAAGGAAAAGGUCGUGCUGCAAGAAAAGUAACCGCACGGCUGCGCGACGACAAUCUAAUCAAGGACGCCAGGCCUACAAAGAGGCCAGUCGCACCUGGCAAGCCAGCCCCACCAGUCGGAACCAGCCCGCCAGAUCACAAUCAGAAAGUUCCUCCUCGGCUGAGGAGGUCAGAGAGUCGAGCUCGUCGAGCUCGUCGAAAUGAGAAAGAGGAACGGCAUACUUUGAAAAGAAUCCGCCAGGAGUCCCGGUUAAGUUCUGACACCGCAGGAGCUACUUCUAGCUCAGCUCAGCCCAUUGAGCCAGCUCACCGUAUUUCUCCCCCACCCACUGAUCCUCCCCAUGAUACUGCGACAGAUCCGAGUGCCUAG